AUGCCCAACUAUUUUCAACCAAAAGAUAUGUCAAUCACACCAGACUUUGAACAAAUUCAUAAAAUUACUGAGUCUAAGAAGACUUCUGUUAUUUAUCUGAAAGAAAAUAAUAUUCUCUAUGAGCACAUGUCAUGUUGCAAUGAAUGGCCUAUAACUUUACAGUGUCAUAUCAGUAGAGAGAAGUUUUACUGCAAGUGCAAUUCCAGAAACUGCUGUAACAGAAGUGAAAUGUCUAUCGGAAAAGAUACUAUCUUUUCUUUUAAAAAGAUGACUUUAAAUAUUAUGAUAUAUCUUAUUUGGUGUUUCAUCUUGAAUUAUGUAUUGAAUAAGACUGAAGAAGCAACCAAACUGAGCAAAAAGACAAUUGGUAUUUUUAUGGCAGGUAUUCAAAAAGUUAUUUGUCAAGAUAUCAGUAGUAAUGACUCUUUGAUUGAAUUACUGUUGAAAUUGAUGAGUCUAAUUUUGAAAAGUGAAAGUAUAAUAAAGAGCAUAGAGUUGAAGGUAUUUGGGUUCUGGGGUGUUGAGCAGACAUCAGAAAGAAAAAUCUUUUUGGUAGCUGUAUCAAAUAGAACUGCUGACAAUUUUUUGAAUAUUAUCCAACAUCAUAUUCUAUCAGGCUCUAUCAUUCACACUGAUUAUUUUAAAUUAUACAAUCAGUUAGAAACACUGGGAUAUAGACAUUCAACAGUAAAUCAUUCUGUUGAAUAUAAAAUAAGUGAAGGUAUACAUACCAACACGAUUGAAGUACUUCAAAUGAUAAUUUCUAUUGUCAGACAAAUAAAGGAUAAUAAUAUCAGCUUAGAACAGCAACUUUUGCUAGAUCUUGAUCCAGACUAUAAAACAUAUUUCACAGAAAAUGAAUCAUCUUCUUUCGAAAAUAAAAAUGCUAUCAGUAGUGAUAGUAAUAAUACUAGUGAUAGUACUGAUGACAAUAUUUUAUAUACUGAUUCCAUAUUAGCUUCAAACUAA